CUUAACUCUCCAAAGUUACAGGAAAUACGUUAUUUUUUAAUAUGGGCAACGUCAUUGAAACGUUUGCUUCGGGCUUAGGAAAUGCUAUUGGCAAACUCUUCAAUUCUCCAAUUGAAUAUCUUUCCGGAAAGUCUUGCAGCUCAGUGUGUGGACCAACAUGGGAUCUCAUUUGCUAUAUCGAGAAUUUUUGUGUUGCCAAUCUCCUCAAGCUAGCCAUGGUAUUUAUGCUAUUGUACAUUGUUCUCUUGUUCCUCUAUCUGGUGCAUAAAUUGGGCAUAUGUGGAUGUCUUUGCCGGUCUUCUUGCAAAAUGAUAUGGACAUGUUUCUCUUCUUGUUUCCAUGUUUGGGAGUAUUCUUGUACUUUCUUGUGUGUUAUGCUACACAAGCUCAAGAGAAGAAGACGAAGAAGAAGAAGAAGAAGAAGAAGGAGGUUCAGAAUGGACAUGAAUCAAGAGUUCUACUUUAAGACUGGAGAAGAUUACACAGAUGAAAGCCUUUCAUACCAUUUUCCAGCGUCUGCAAAAACAAGCAGGUCAAUUUCGCGUAGAAGGAGAGACUAUAAAGGCUCCCAUUUAAGGAGGUCUUUGCAGCCUAGGAAACAUCAUGCUCGAGUUGAAAUUAGUAGAGAUCUUAGAUAUAAAAGAAAUCAUAGUCAUGGAGAUCCCAGUUACACAAGCAUUGCCACUAAGCAUGGCAAUUACAUAGGCACAUUCCAUGACAUCAAGGUAACUCGUACAUCUAAGUUUGCAAAAGGUAUAACUAAAAGGAAAAGAGUUCUUCCAAGGCAGAGAAGGUAGAACAUUUUAGUUGAGGGUACGCAUACAAGCACUUUGUAUCAAUAUGCAUCCUUGUGAUUUGUUAGGAUGAAAUAGAUUUUUAUUUUUUUUAUUUUUUUAUUUCCUUGUUAUGUAUUCUUUCAUAACAGGGGAAAAGGCAUUAACUAAAGAUAAAGAAAAUGACUUUGACAGCUGCACAUUCAAAACACUUCUUAUUGAAGUUUUCUUGUAUCUUUUCUUUUGGUUUUUUCCCUCUUGUGAAAUAACAAUGAGAAAGGUUCUACAAAGCAUUUUUGUUUCUUUUAUUUUGAUUUCUGUAUCAAGA